GGUUCGGAACGUGAGCUCACAACAAUUGAUCCAGUUUUCAAGGUGUACCAUGACUGCGAUGACGGAAUCAAGCCUGGCAAACGCAAGGUGAAGUUCCGCAUCCCUAAUUCCUACAUCACUAAUGGACCUGUUGCUAAACGCACGUUCGAUAUUGGAGUGCUCAACCUGGAGACGAUCUUCCCUAAAGAGGAGCGUCAUCUUAUCUAA